GAUCUUUUCACUAAUCAAUUUUGCUUUGCAUGGUCUCCGUCGCAAACUUCUAGUCGGUUUCAAGCUCCUUCGAUAAGUAUGGCCGUCAAGCAAAUCGUUUGCUCCGGCACGCCGUACGAGAUCGGCCAUAAACAUGGCUCUCAAGCGUCUGAAGAAAUAUGCCGCGCGAUAGCAUUCUAUGCAAAGAUGUUCGCGAAGCAUAGCAAUCUUGACUGGCCUCAGGUACAGGAACUAGCUCGGGAUUUCGAUGGGUUGAUCAAGCAUCGGUGGCCGCGGUAUUAUGAAGAGCUGAAAGGGAUUGCGGAUGGUGCGAAGACAGACCUUAUUGACAUCAUUGCGCUCAACGUGCGGACGGAAAUCGUCUUCGGGCGGUUCAGUGAUGGGUGCACAAGUCUCUAUUACCAGAAUAGCGAGCAUUCGUUCCAGGGCCAGAACUGGGAUUGGGAUACCGAACAAGCCGUUAACCUAAUCCAGCUCACCGUUAUCCAGCAAGAUCUCCCGACCAUCAAGAUGAUCACUGAGGCCGGGAUCAUAGGGAAAAUUGGUCUGAAUUCUACCGGUGUGGGUGUUUGUUUCAACGCGAUCCGUGCAAAGGGCCUGGAUAAGACCCGGAUCCCAGUACAUUUGGGACUCCGCAUCGCGCUUGAGAGCUCCUCCGCACUGCAAGCUGUGGAGAACCUUGAGAAGAUUGGAAUGGCUAGCUCCGCGCACAUUCUAAUCGGCGAUGCAACGACCGCGAUCGGACUCGAGUUCACCUCGUCUACGUUCGCCCGGAUCCCCGUGAAUCAGAAAGGGUUUAUUGUCCACUCGAACCACAUGCUUCUUCCUCAUUCUGGUAUCGACGAGCCGGCGUGGUUGGAAGAUUCGCCGGUGCGAGUUCAAACAAUGAGUGAGAAUAUUGAGAAGCUUCAAGGAACGCUCAGCUGGGCAUCGUUCGGCGGGCUGUUCAAGGAUGAGUCGAACUACCCGUGCUCGAUAAACCGUGCUGCCGGUGGAGGAAGCGAUCUAGCGACAUUGUUCAAUAUCAUUAUGGACUUGCGGACGAAGAGGGUGGAGGUCAUCAUGGGAAGGCCGUCGGACGCGGCUGCGGAGAGGGUCAUCCUUGCAUUUGAGUAGUUGUCGAGGGUAAUCGUGUUGUAUAUACAUAUAUAU